GAACCAGAAUGGCGUUCAUGGCGGCCUGUUUCUGUUGUGGAACAUCCGGAUUUCUAUUGUUCAUGCAUGCCUAGCGCGAUUGUUUGUAUCUCGCAUAAUUUUGGUGCCCUUGUUUGUUAAUAAUUCUCAAAUUUAAAUCUUCGAUUGCGUGUGUCUAAAUCAAUUUUCAAUUUAGUUUUCAUAAAGUGAACAAAAAGUGAGUAAGAUUUGUCUGUUUGAGCAGUUAAUCAGCUACAUUAAGCUAAUCAAACCCAAUGAAAAUGAAAGUCAAUACUCAGUAGUUUGACUAAUUUUAAGUGUAUAGCCGUAUUAAUAUUAUACAGUCUGUAAUAGGUUGGUCUGCCUAUAUAAUAAUUUAAUUUUUUUUUAAAAGGAUUGGAAACGAAAGGAAUUAAAAUAGUGAGUAGACUCUUUACCAAGCCAGCAGUAAGCUAAGUAACAAGUUGUCCGACGUUUGAAGAGUAAGCCUCCACAGUUCAGACCUAUUUAACUAUUUGAAAUGCAAUUCAUAGUAAUAGUCAGUCUAGUAAUAAUAAUAGUAUCUCUGAAGAUAUAAAAUAAAUCAUCACAUUUUCUGGGGGUAAUCAAACUUUAAAAAAAUUUUAAUUUGCAAUUCUGCAUACAUAACAUACUUCUACUAGUCAGUAUUAGACUAGUUUAACUUACUUAAUACUUAAAAUAAUAACUUACUUUAGCUUAAGCCUACUCAGCCAACUUUUUUAUAUUUAUUAAUUUUAGCAUUUUUAACCUUUGACUUUGAGUAUUAUGUUUUAAUUUUUAACAUGUCUAAUAAAAUGCAUACUUAAGGAUUCCUGGGCUUGCCAGGAAUAGCAUUCAUUAAUUAAAUAAGUUCAGAUUGUGGUGAUGGAGCUAUAUGCUAUAUAAAUAUAAUAUAUAACUACAUUAUUAUUGUCUUUAAGUAUGUCAUUCAUUAUAGUCUUUUUAGUAUAUUCACAGAUUAACAUGCUAGAACUAAUUAAUUACUAGAUUUAUAAUACCAUAACUUCCAUUAGACACCACAUCUUAUAAUAGUAAUCCAAUAUUAUAUAAUUGCGGAAUUCCUGUGUUCAUUAAAAGCAUGGAUAUAUUUGCUAUAAUCUACAAGUACCAUUUAUCUUAGUUUUGAUAGUGUUGAAUCAUUUUUUGUCUACUUUUCCUUAAUUAAAAAAUAUGCUAUUCAAUGUUCAUAUCCUAAUAUUCAUGUCCCAUUCAGACAGUAGUGUUAACAUAAAUACUAGAUACCACCUCUCUAUAAUUUCCACAUAGAUUACAUCUUUUGACUUUUGUUUGAAUAUAUAAUUAUUAUUUAAGUACUGGUACUGUGCUGCAGUCUUGUGGUGAAACAGUCUAUAGUUCAAUAUUUUUUUUCUCACAGCUCAGGAAGCAUGGGCUACAUUAAAAAAGUUAAGUAAUCCUGUGAAGACAUGAUCAUGAGGCUCUUUUUUUCCUUCAGAAUUAAAAAAAAAUAAUAAUAAAAUAAAAGAUUAGCCAUAACAGGAAAUAUUCUUUUGCUUAAAUUAAAAUUUAUCUUGAAUUUUAUAAAAAUGCAUUACUUAUAAAUAUUACUCAAUAAAACUAUGAGAGAAAAAAAACACACAAAGAAAAAAAAAGUAAUACAAGUGUUAUGUCACAAGAGAAACAAAACAAAUUAACAAAAAGCUGAAGUAAUAAUUCAUGCUUUAACAAGUUGGUUGCAAAAUAUAACUGAUAUUUUCCUCCUUAAUGAGGAUGUCUUUCUUUUUUUUUCGUACACAAAUACUGCAUUUAAAAUAAAAGCGAUAUUGACAUCCUUAUUAUUCAUUAAUUUCAAAUGCACCCUUACACUGAUACUUUGAUUAAACACUCAGCCAUUUACCUGUCAUCUGCAGAUCCCUUUAAAAGUAAUUUCUUCUCAUGUGCAUUAGAAAUGAAAAAAACAUAUUAAUACCAGUAUUACUAUAUACAAUUUAUUUAUGUAUUUAUUAUUAUAAAAAAGAAGGGUUAUCCCACUUGAUGUAAACUAUUCUAGAUGAUGAAUAUGAGACCUUCCAAUAAUUUUUAAAGAAUGCCCAUGAUCUUGCAUUUAAUAGUAAUUGCAAUAUAGUGGUAUUAUUAAUUCACUUAAAGAUAAAAAAAAAUUUAAAUGACUAAAAUAGGUUUAACAUUUAAACAUGCCUGUAUUAUAGAGAGCUAAUUUGUUUAAAUAAUUUAUUUUUUAAAGAUUUAUAUUUAUGUUUUCAAGCAACUGCUAUGUUUCUCUAAAAAGUACUUUUUUUUUUAUUUCUAUAAAAUAAAAAAGAAAAGAAAACUAAAUAUACCAGAAUAUAAAAAAAAAAAAAAAAAAAAAAUAAAAAUAACAGAAAAUAAAAAAAAAAAAAAAAAGUACAUUUAUAUCAAAGGUUUUAAAUUUAAACUAAAAUUGUAAUGAUUUAAAAUAAAAAGCAAUAUUUUUAUGGAAAGGACCUAUGUUACUCUAGGUAUUUCAUGGGUUACCCUAAUCUGUUUUUACAGAGGUCAAAAGGUUUCUCCCCUUUUUCUUUGCUUGUCUUAUACUAAACUGGCUCUUCAGCAAGUUUGAUGUGUCUUCCUCUUGGGCUCAGUGUUAAGUAUUUUACCAGGUAGACAGCAAAGGCUUGGGGAUAAUAAAGUGGCAAACAUGUGCUCUGAGUGGGGCUUUGCCCCAGUCCAAAGUGGAUUUGAUUGGAGGGGGAGGGGGGAGGUACAACCCUUUGAUGUUCUCAACAGCUCUAAGCCUGUUUCAUUUUUUCUGCCUUUCCUGUGUAUGUUUGUGAAAAGGAAGGCAGGAUCAAAAGGUUUGAGUUUAAAAAAAUAAAAAUUACCACUACACAUUGGUAGCUUAAGAUUUGGGUUGAUUUUUGUUCUGUAAUAGAGAUGCAGUUCCUACAUUAGUACUUUUGCUUGUUGAUAUAUCUUCUUGGCAUGAGCCUAUCACUAAACUCUGUAUUAUCACUAAACUCUGUAUUUAAUAUUAUCUAAUGGAAGCCCAAGUGUUGGCUGAUGUGUGCUCAAUUUUUAAAAAAAAUUUUGUGCUUCUCUCACUUUCUAUUGUGUAGCUGAUGUUUAUUAUAAAAUUUUUGCAGCUUGUUUUAUUUUGCACUGCAUGUAUUUACUUAAAUGAUUUUAAAAAAAGAAAUAAAAACAUAUACAUUUUUCUCCUUCACAGAUGAAGUAAUGGAAUAUUGUUUCUGGAUCUGAGGCUGCUACAAGCCUCAUGGAAUAGAACUUUUUCGCUGCCAUGACAACAAAAGUUGUUGAUUUUUUAAAUCAGUCUGGUGGUAGUAACUUCACAGAAACUGCUCCUCGUCCACCAACCUAUGGGGAGGAGAAUGAGCUGCAAUCUAAUGGAGGCAACUCCACCAAAAGUAGCAGCUCUCAUAAGAGCCAUGUCUCCAGUAAGUCACACUCUUCUUCAAAGAGUGGGACUUCCACCAAGGGUGACCACUCACACUCGCCCGCCACGACACCUCGCAAGUCCAACUUGGAAGGGAUUAAAGUCACAGAGUCAUUAACACAUACAAGUCUUUGUGAAUGUGAAGACAGCGAAAUGGCUGCCCCUCUUGGAUUCGAACCAGAGGGAAGUGCUGCAAACUCGCCGCCUUAUUCUGAAAAUGGCACCCCACCACACCUCAAGUGGGCUGAAAAUCUUAGCUUCCUACUAGAUGAUUCUGAAGGAGUUGAGCUUUUAAAAGAUUUCAUGGAGCAUGAGAUAGAAGGAGGUUCUGAAGUGCUCCAGUUCUGGUUUGCUUGUCAAGGGUUGAAGAGAACUAUAGGAAAUAAUUCUUUAGAUAAUAUUUUCAAUUUACAAAAAGUUAUUUAUAAGCGUUACCUAUUACGUAAUGAAAAAAUAAAAUGCAUAUCUAAGGAAGUAAAGAAAGAAAUAUCAGAAAACCUUUGCAACAAGUGUACCUUGGAUAAAUGUAUUUUUGAUCAAGCUCAGGAGGAGGUUGAAAGUUUUAUGCGCAAUGUGACUUAUCCAGCAUUUCUUAAUUCAGAUUGUUAUGUGCAAUAUGUUCAAAACUAUGUUGACAGUCCCAAAUCAAGCCGGUCAAGUGGUUCAAAUAGUGCACGGCCAGUUUCACAGUCUGGUCUCUUACCAGUUGUUCAUGAGGAUAAAGAGUUAGAAAGCAAAGACUUUAAUACUCCUGUGCCAUUACCUGUGAUCAAAACCCACUCAACUUCUAAAAGAACAGAUGUGAUAGGUGCAACUCAGCGAUUAGAGACUGUAACAGGGUAAGCCUUAAACAUUGUUGGCGUCAGACUGUAUUCUAAUUUCUAUGAAUUACUAUAUUAAAAAUAUUAAAUUAAAUUAGAGAGGAUGAGCAUCCUUUUUCAUUUUUUAUGACAUAAAGUUAUGAAUAUAGUAGAAGUACUUAAUUUUUAAGCAAAAAAAAAAGCAUCUUAAUCUCUCAAAGUUCUUAAUUAAGGCUAACUCACUAGUUAGAGCAGCGGUGCUCAACCUGUGGGUAGCGACCCCUUUUAUGGUUGCCUAAGACCAUCUGAAAACACUUAUACUCUACAGUUAUAAAGUGUCAACAAAAUUGUGUGGUUGGGGGUCGCCACAACAUGAGGAACUGUAUUAAAGGGUCGCGGCAUACCUAAGGUUGAGAACGACUGAGUUAUUAAAGUAUUAAAGUUGGACAUAUUAACAAAUUCCACCUCAAGGCUUUUUAACUUUAUAAGAUCAAGUUGCAAAGUAAUACAAAUGCAAGGGUGUUCACUAGUGUUCACUGCUUGUAAAGCAUUGUAAAACAUUCACAUACCACCAAAGUAAAACAAUGUAUGAAAAUUAUUAAUUUAAUUUUUAAACAAAGUUAACAUUAAUUUUAAAAAAAAAGGUAUUUAAAUAAGUACAUAUGUAAAUGCACAUGAGGGUUAAAGCGUUGUUAUUUCAAAUCCAUUUUUUCUUCUUUUGCCUCUUUUUAAAAUAACAGGUUUAUGAUUUUAAUUAAACCUUACAGUAGUAAUAGUAAUAUACUACCCUGUACCAUUUAGAAAUAUUUUAAUCCUGGUGCAUUGAAACUUAGAUGUAAGUUAAUAUUUUAUAUGUUAUUUAUCUCUCCUCCUUACCUUUUGGGAAAAUUUGAUUUAUUAUUGAAACGCAAUUUACAUAACACUUUAUUAAUUACAAAGAUGGUAAAUCCCUUGCAACAGCUAAGGAGUAUGAGUUAAAUAUCCUUUUUUCUUUUUAGAUCUCCAUUGUACUACCCUCGUACCUCCUAUCCUGCCCAUGUGUCCUAUGCUCCUGUUUCGGCACAAGACAGUGAGUUACAAAGCUUGUCCAGUGAUGCACUAACUGAUGACACCAUUUCAGUAACAGACAGUAGUGUGUAAGUACUAGUCUUUAGGUCUUCAAUAGAAAAAUACAUUGCUACGUCAGCGGUAAAAUCAUAUAAUGUGAAGAAAAUGUUCCCCUUAUAAAAUAAAGAAUAUCAUGCAUUGCUUGGGUAUGCAUUCAUAAGCAGUUGUAUUUAAAAUUGAUUAAAUCAACUUUUAAAAAACUUAAGAUUGAUGAGUAGGAAGCAAUCUAAUUUUUAAGAGUUAUUAUCUAAUAAUAACCAGUUUCAAUAUUCCAUAAUCAAUGAAAGCAGGGACCUUUGAAAUGUCUAUUUUAGUUAAAUUUCAAAUAUAUGGUCCUUUUAAGAUAAAAACAAUUUAAUGGGCUACUCUUUUGAAAUGGAAAUGAAUGUCUUGUUGAAAAAUCUUGUAAUGAAGUGGCCAUCUAAUUUUUAGUUUUCUAUCGAUUUCUAUCAAUUUACAUUCUGAAAUUCUAGAAGUUUAGAUCCUUUUAGACUAGCGGUUCUCAACCUGUGGGUCGCAAUCCCUUUGGGGGUCGCACAACUCUUACACAAGGGUCGUCUAAGACCAUCAGAAAACACAUACAGACCUGUUUACUCUUAAGAUUUUGGCGUACAAUGUAUGAUAUUGAGGUGUAUAAUUAUAUGUACUUCGUGUUUAUUUUUUUGCUAUUAAGAUAAUGUAUUGAACAAUUUUGUGAUGAUAUUGUAGUAAAUUAUUAAGUGUACGAAUUUAAGAGUUUGAUGGUAAUUUAAACAGGUCUGCACAUAUACUCUACAUUUAUAAAGUAUCAACGAAAAUAAUUUUGUGGUUGGGGGUUGCCACAACAUGAGACAUUGUAUUAAAGGAUCGUGGCAUUAGAAAGGUUGAGAACCACUGUUUUAGACUAUAUUCCUUCAAGAGCCUUGUCAAAAACAUUAAAUGUUAUUAAACUUCUAAAAUAUUCUGGCCCUUAAAAAAGGUUUUGAGUUUUUUGUUUUUGUUGAGUCAUGUCAGCGUUUCAAGAGGAAUAAUGCAGGGUAUUUUUACCAAGUUUUGUUCAGACCAAUCAAGAAUAUGAUAUAUGAGGAGCCAGCCAACAUUCAAAUAUAUGUGCAUGAUUUAACUAUGCUUACUUCCUUUUUAAAAAAAAAUUGCUAAUUUAAUCCAAAAUCGUGUAAAGGCAUUGAUGUUGAAAGUUGGAAUCUUUUAAAGUUCUCAGAAAAAAACCUUUAUACUGCUACAGAGAAAAGUUUUCCUUUUUAUUUUAACAAACAACCAACCCCCACUCCUCUACAAUAACUGCAUUAAAUUACUGAUUGAUUGAUUUCCUGGAUUAGACUCCACCACUCUAACUAAACUAAAACACAAGACUAAUACAGUCUAUCUUUCAAUGUAAAUAUCUGUUCCAUAUGCCCUUUGUUGAUGGUGAGAGUUUGUUUGAUCAUGGAUUUGAUUGAUGUUCAUGCUUGUCUUUGAUGUUUCUUUGAUCCUUUCAAAUUUGAAAAUGUUGCAAAGGGAGGAAAUUCACUUAACCUUCUAAAUGCAUAGAGCCAGAGGGAAAAUACAAAACAAACACUUCAGUAGCUGAAAUUAGAAAGGAAGUUUAAUGGGUUGGGGAGAGCCAGCAGGAGUUUUUAAUUGAUUGUCAAAAGGAAUUCAUGGGGGGUGGGGGUGGGUGUUAAAACUUAAAAAUUUUGAUGAUUUAAAACUUCCAAUUUGUCUUGUAUAGAUUUGGUUACAGAUUACAUAAUAAUGAAAUAUCACAUAAAGUGAACAGGGCAGAAAAUGUGGACUCUAUUAUUUUACAUUAUGAUCCAUAGUUAAAAAUGUUUUGAAUUUCAAGCACUUACUUUUUUUUUUUUUUACUUAAAAAGAAAUUUUUGUAGGUCACAUGUCUUUAAUUAUUUAUCAAUUUAAAAUGCAAAUAACUAUAUUUUUGCUUUUAAGCGAAUUUUAAAAAUGAAGUAAUUUUCAAAUUUAUUAUGUUUUGCUAUCCAAAUAAGGAACACAUUUAAACAAGAGACAUUAAAAAAAUAAAAUAAAAUGCUUAAUAGAGAAAUAAUUUAUUUCUUUAAAAUUCCUCUCUUAUAUUGCUUAAUCUGUCAACUAAGAAUUAUACAAAUAAUAUAUGUUUAAAAUGAAUUUCCCUUUCCAAAUGAUGCAUACAUUUAAAGUAAAAAUAAUGCUUUAAAUAUUUAUUUUGAUUGCAGUGAUGGCUAUCCUCAUCUUAGAAAAAAGAGCCACCAUAGAAAAGCUGUUGUAAAAAGUCUUGCCCAACAUAAUAGAGAACUUCGAACAGGACUACACUCUCAAAUAAUUCCUGUAUGUCUGACAUUUACUUCUUAUUAAUAGUCUUCAAUAAAUGUUAGAAAGUCAUUGGAAGCAUCAGUUUCAGAUAACAUUGUUAAAAAGCUAAUUGUUUACUACAUGCAAAAACAACCCUUUACUGCAUUUUUUAAAUAGAUUAAUUCAUUUAACUUAUAAACACUGAAGACGACUUUAAAUGCACGUAAAUUAUCAUCACGAAAUCAUUUUUUAUUUCUUUAUUCCUGACCCAGCGUACAGAGCAUGCUCCCAAAGAUAGGAACAUAGCGGAGAUUGACCCAAAAAGAUUUGCCUGUCUGCUUAUAGAAAAAUUAACCAAAGUGUUGGAUGACAGAGAAGCAACAGCUAAAGUUGAUGAGAAAUUGAAAAGUUUAAACACAACUGAGGUAAGAAAAGGCUUCAAGAAUCAAUAUGCUUCACAGUCUUCUGUAAAGUGAUGAAUGUUUCAUUUUAUUCUUAUCUAUGAUUAUAUAUUAUAUUCUUACACUGUACAAAGAUGAUGUUUUAUUUUAUCUUUUAUUACAGCACACUGUUUAUUUUCUAAUGCUGCAGAUUUGUUUUAAAUUCUGUUAUAAUUACAUAACACACAAAAAUUUCACAAGAAGUAGGUUGCUAACUAGGAUCCUAAUGUUUAAUGCUAUGUUGUAUUCUAGGAUUUGGAGCGGGUAAAUUUUUUUUUAGUGGUUUUAGUUUCGAUAAUUAUUUGUUGAGUGCUGGGCUCCACGUAUAUGUAAACUUAGGUCCUGUGUGAACAAGGGUGGGUAUUUAGAGUGAAAGUUUGGGAUUUUGACUCACUGUAGAAAGUUGGAUAGAGGAGAGUAAAGUUAAAGGCAAAGUAGAGUGAAGGGUCACAUCUGAGAUAAAUGGGUGAUGGAGAUAUGGACCAGGAGGUGAGUAUACACUUUUGGAAUAUGGGAGAAGUUAGAACUUGAAGCAUGUAAGUUAGUGUGUGUGUGGGGGGGGGGGGUUAGAGAUUUGGGUAGUGCUAAAAAAAUUAAGGAUUAGGGGUUAUGUCUAAAGGGUUCAAUGUAGGGGGGGGUGAGGGGUAUUAGUAAAGAAGGCUUAGGGGUAAGAGGGUAAGGGAGUAAGGGGGAAGAUGUUAGGAUAGAGUGAAUGGAGAUAUUGUGCUUCAGCCAAUUGGUAUCAGUGUGGGUGGGGGGGGGGGGGUUAGAGAUUUGGGUAGUGCUAAAAAAAUUAAGGAUUAGGGGUUAUGUCUAAAGGGUUCAAUGUAGGGGAGGGUGAGUGGUAUUAGUAAAGAAGGCUUAGGGGUAAGAGGGUAAUGGAGUAAGGUGGAAGAUGUUAGGAUAGAGUGAAUGGAGAUAUUGUGCUUCAGCCAAUUUGUAUCAUAUCACAAAUAUGGAAACUCUUGACAUAAGUUAACUUCAGCGGUAAAAAUUCACUUCACAAAUUGUUACUUAUUUAAGAAUAAUUUUAAGAAUAAUAAAUAAUGUAAGUUUGUACUUCAUUAACUUUUUCAUGUUAUUUAUGUUUGGAAAUUUAAGUAUAUUUAAAAACGUAAAAACAAACAUUACAUAUUAACCUUCCGGCGGGCGAGUCUGAUCAAAAUGAUACAAGCCAAUAAUUUUUGUGUGCACAAGUUAAUGAGUAGCUAAAUGUUUUCCUUUUAUAUGCCAAAACCAUUGAUUGUGGAGAAAAUGCUUUCAGAAUGCAGACAAAUGCACGUUACUUUUUGAAGUUUGACAAUUCACUACAAUUUAAAAAACAGCCCAUAUUAGGUUUGCAAAUGUUAUAGGUUUGAUGUUAUGCACUUAAAUCUUUAGGAAUGGAGUGGAGAAAAUCAGAAAAUAAUUCUUAAAAUUAAAGACAAUUUUCACGACAAUAUAUACCAUAACCCAAAAAUUUAUUAUGGCUGCUUCUCAAAUUGAGAGUUAGGAUGUGCAAACCACCAAAAAAAAUAUUUGAUCUCUGUCUCUGCCAGGGUUUUAAGGUAUAAAGUCCUUUUCUAUUUUCAGGUUGCACUCUAUGCCUUGCCUGUACUGAUUGUUAAAACAAUUGUUAGAAAUAUAGUCUUUACUGAUUUAAAAUAUUACCUACUAUCAAAGUACUAAUUUUUUAAUUCUUUUUAUUAAAAUUUUUUUUUCAGAUUGAGCUGGAAGAAAAACUUGUGACAUCUUUUAGUAAAGGCAACACACCUGCUACAUUAAUACCUCUUAUGCGCCCAUCAGUAAUGGAAGAGGAAACAGCUGAAAGUAUACUUGAUCAACACUGCUCUAGGAUAUGGGCAUCAUCUUCACAUCACACCCCUUCGUAUUCACCCCCAGGUCAUCAAUCUCCACCACAUAGCAAAUCACCAGAUCGUCACAAGGAUGCCAGAAAAAAGGCAAUUCCUGGGCCAGCUGCAGUGCCCAACCCCUACAUGGCAAGGGGAUACCACAAAAGACGAGACUUUUCUACUGUAUCUUAUGAUAGUGGUAUUGAGAAUAGUAACCUCAUUUUGUGUGGUACUGAGACACAUCGCCAUAUUCAUCACCACCACCAUCACCACCACUCAUCUCGGGAGUCAUCUAGUAAAAAGACUCAAGUAGAAGUGGAGGCUCAAACUUGUGGAUUGAGUCCGUGGAGAGGUGACAAUCCAGCAAAUCUGUCUGCAGAUUAUGCAGCUGGUGACUGUGCUGGUAGAGGAAGGACUAACCUAAGAAAAAGUGCUUGUAGUGCUCUAAGGAAAACUUCAGAUACAAGUAGUAACAUAGACAGUGGAGUAAGUGGAAUGGAUUCUGUAAAGAUUCCAGCAAAUUGGAUUAACCCAACCAGUGAAAAGUAAGAUUUCUAAUUAACCUAUGACAAAUUACAUUUAAUUUAGGUUUUAUUUGCUAUUUUUUUAAUUAGUACUUUCUUUGAGCUAUUCUGAGUUUAAAAAAAACGGAAGGUUUACAUUAAAACAAGUUUAAAUCAUAAAAAUAGGUCCUGCUUUAAAAAUAUAAAGCAUAGUUUUAAAUUUUGACAUGCAUAUCAUGAACCCCUUAAUCAUGGGUAGACAAAACUAAACAAAAUACAGGAAACAGCUAGUUUCUCAGGAAACCCCUCUUUUCCCCUUAACCAGCUUGAGCACAAAUGUCAAUCAACUUGGCUUACAAAUAUGUAGGCCUAAAUGUUAAAAAGUUUUGAUCAACAAUUGCCUUUAGUAUUUAUUGUUACCGUUCCAAAAGGUGAUGGAAUGACUUAGCUGUUUGAAGUGCUUCAAUUGUUGAAUACAUCUCCAGAAACAUAUAUAUAUUUGCAAAGUAAUAGCAAAAAAAACCAAUAUGCUCAAAUUUUCCCAGUAUGAAUAACUUAAAUGACUUUUUCAUCUUAUCAAAUACUUUUAAUUAGAUUUCUUUUUUCAUAUCCUUAAUUAUGUAAAUAUUAACAAAUUAGGUACGAAAUGUCAAUGGUAUUUAUUUAGUUGCCUUCUAAUUAAAAAAAACUCAAACAACCUGUUUCAGCUUUAAUUGCCAAGGAGCUAUUAAAGUGUAAAUUGUAGGUUCCAUUUUCUAAAACUGUAGGUUUGCCCUCCACAUUAUGCUGCUCAGAGAUUUGUGUGAUUUCAUAAUUAAUCUUAUUACACAAAAGAGAUUAUUUGAUAUGACAAAUUGUAUGUAUUUUUGAAAAAUUGUGAUAAAUAAUAGGCCUGUAUAGUGCCUUACUUUUUCACACCAUGUACCCUGCUUAGAGGAAAAGGCAGUCUACAAGUGUUUUCCAUUCACCUCGGUCCUUCCAUGUUGUUCCUGGUGCAUCCCAUCCUUUGUGCAUAUGGCUCUAGCUUAUGUCUCCAUCUUUUGUAUACAUUUCCUCUCUUUCUUCUACCUCUUUGGUUUUAUGAUAUCCCAUCACAAUUCCUAUUUCUUGGGUGUUUACAAAGAGUGUGUCCUAUCCACCCCAAUCAUUUCAUUGUGAUGUCUUCAGCAAUAGGCUCUUGAUAUGUUGAUGUUGUAUGGUCAUUUUAUGUUCAGGAUCUUCCUAAGGCAAGUGUUUUUGAAGGUCUGUACUUUUAACAUAAUGCUGGCUGUUGCUCUAUAAAUUUAGCUCCUUAGAGUAGGACUGAUUUACAUUUUUCCUUUUUUUGUCCCAUUUUUGGACGACCCAAGAUCAAAUCUGGCUCCUAGUUUGAAAAGGUUACCCUUCUCUUAGAUGAGUUACCGUCCAAGGCUAACGAGUUCAAUCCACCCGAUUCAGUCUACCCCUGAACUAGAAUAUCUUGGCGCUAGUCCUAUGUAGUCUUGAAAUGUAUUAUAUUUUGUGAAAGGUCAUAAUAUAUUUCUCUUGUUUAUAGGGUUAUGAAAUGGAUGAUGGACAGUGAGACAGUUCAUGAUGUAUCUACUGUAUUACAAGAUGCAGUGGAUAGAAGCACAUCUUCACAUCGGCGAACACAUAGAAUUAACCAGACUGUCGCAACUGCUCAGCCAGCAAGGCAGAGGUAUAUAUUUUUUAUACCAAAUAGUAUUAUAGUGAAAAGUUUAAUGUAGUUAUUUGUGACAGAAAUACCGCUAGCUAGAGCACAAUUUCUCAUUAAUUCACAUUUUCUUUUACUUGAUGUCCCUGAUUAAUUUCUUAUUUUUAUUUUAAAUUGUCUGCUCUUUUGUAUUUGUAAAAAUAUGUCUCUUAUAACUUAAAUUGUUUUCAGAUACCAACUAACCCUACGUUAGAAGAAAAUAAUUUACUCUAUCUUAGUUUAAAAUAACAUUCCCAUUAGACUUGAUAAUUGCUUCCAUGCUUGCAAACAAGACGUGAAACUUUAGGAUACUGCUUUCUUUGUACAGAAAAGUGCUAAUAAUAAUGAAUCAUGAUUUAAUCCGCAAACCAAUAUGCAAAUACUUCAUUUAUAAAAAGAAGAGAUACCAAUGCAUCAUCUUAUUUGAUAAAAUAAACACUUUAUUCUAAUUUUUUUAUGAUGCACAAAAAAUGUAUCACUUUAAAAACACAUUCAAUGUAUUACACUAAAUUAAUUACAGGGCUUUGAAAGAAUACAUUUAUUUAAUUUACAUUGCCAUGCAGUGUUUAGAAAUUUUUUACUUUUAAGGAAAAAUAAUUAUUAACUUUAAUUUAACUUCAUUUAGUCUGUAAACACAUUGACUAUUGAUCCUUUAACAUUUUCAGAAAUGUCUGAUUAGUAUUCGAUCUGCAAUUUUGCUGAGUACUAACACAUCUAUUUUGUUCAAAUAUUAUUUGUGUUCCUCUUUGGUCUUUUACAUUUUACUUCAAAUCACUUCCAGUCCAUUCAUCUUUCUUUAUUUUUGUUUGGGUUUUGCGCCCACUCCAAUUCUUUUCUUUUUUUCUCUUUUGGUAGGAUACAUGUAGAUAUAUUGUACGUACCAUUGUAACAUUAGAGAAUUUAAUCUCUUUAAUAAAAUGUCUUGUUGACAAACUACGCAACAAAAUAUGAUACCAUAUACUAAAUACAAUAACAAAGAAACUAUACCCAAAUUAGGGCUAAUUACAAUUUAAUAAUUUUAUUAAGUUAAUAAUGAAUUACAAAAUAUAAAAUAAAAAUAAAGCUAUUGGCUUACAACUCAAAGUAUAAUGAUUGUCUUGUACUUGUACAAUAUUGAAGAAGGUGCAAUGAUGAAAAAGGAAUCCACUAGGGGUGUGCCGGAUCCGUUUUUUCCAACCGGAUCCGGAUCCGGAUUUUCUUAUGCGAAAUCCGCCGGAUCCGGAUUCCGGUUUGUCCCGGAUUCCGGAUUUUGGUACUAUUGGUAGAUGCUUCGGUAAGUCAAGGUGGACUACUACUUUUUGUGUAUGGGAAUUCGCAAUCGGCGCCAAAAAAUCCGAGUUUUUAAUUUUCCGAUGUGUGUGUCUAUUUAUUAUUAAAUUAGUACUUUCGAUAUAUAUUUGAGUUCCGUUCCAUUUGGAUAAGUGUCUUACGAGAGACGCCAUGUUUCUACGCGUUCGCAGCCGGUUAUGCAGCUCGCUCAACCUAAUUUCGCUAUGGGGUUGGCCACGCCACCCUUUUUAAUGGCGGAAGUUGACGAUACUUAGGAAAUAUUAAUUUAUUAUCACUAUUUACAUCAAAAUAAUUGAUAACUUGUGUUUCAGAAUGCAUUUAAAGACAUUUAAACUGGAAUGUUUUAAUUUGAGCUUUAACAACCCGGUAGAAUCCAUAUUAUAAAUGAUCAGAAUUUACCGUGUGCAACACGUUGUCAUUGGCAACCAUUCACAGCCACUUGCAUAACUGUAUCGUAGUACUACCUCAGAGUUUCAUUCAUAAGAGUUUGCCGUGUGCAAAAACUAUUAAACCAUUGGUCAGGGAAAGCUUUAAUUAAUUAUUCAUGUGCCAAAGUUGAAAGUUUAAACUAAGUCUAAACAGUAUUUUAGUGAUAAGGCAGGGAAUGCGUUGCCUUAUAUAAACUAUAUAGUCAUUGCGCAUGACGGGAUUGGUGGAAUGAGAUCACAGAAUGUGGAGAUGCAGUCCAUGUUAAAAAAUGACAAACCAAGUCGUACUUUAAAAAUUCAUAACUUUAAAACUACAACAGCUAAAAAUAUGAUUUUGGUGUUAUAAUUCUUUAAAAAAUUACAUCUUUUCAACUAUGCCAUUGGUUUAUUUUUACAAAAAGUUUAAAUUUUCUUAUCAAAGUCCCUACACUAUUGGCCACUAUUAGCGGUGCUGACUCUAGCCUCUGGUAUGUACGGAAUAUUAAACAUUAAACAAGCUCAACGCUCGAAACAAUCGAUUAAUGUAUAGUGAUCGUGUGAAAUUCGGGAAAGAGAAUUACUUUUAUUUCAGAUUAUGAUCCGGUGAGUCACAAAAUCUGGCAAAUUCCGAAAUCCGGUAUAUUCCGGAUUCCGGAAUCCGGUUGUUCCGGAUACAUGUAAAUCCGGCGGAACCGGAUUUCACCGGAUAGUGCAAAAUCCGGCGGAACCGGAUUCCGGACCGGGGUCCGGCACACCCCUAGAAUCCACACACACACAUCAAAUGUUAGUAAACAAAUCUCUGUCUCGUAUAGCAAAACUACAUCAUAAUCGUGAUAGCAGAAUAUCUCCCUCCGUCUUUUCCUUCCUGUCUCUCAAUAUAUAUAGCCUGCCCGUUUGAAAGACAUUUCUUGAACGGGCUUACACAUUGUUUUCCUUUCCUGAUUUUUCUAGAUCAGGGUCACCAAACUACGGCCCGUGGGCCGGCUCGCAAGGCAAGUUCAUCCGUCCCGCAGACAGUAUCUGAACUUGCUUGAUAAAACGUAUGGAACCGGAGACGUUGUGAUACAAUUUAAAUUUCAAUAUUAAAUUUAGAAUACUAGGAGAUCUUCACACGUGCGGAGACCUCUUGGCUGCUAUGCGCCUUAAUUUACUAUUUUAAAUUAUUGCAUCUAGGUUUUCUUGUUUAUUACAGACCUGUUUACCCUCGAACUCGUACAUUAGCAUCUUAAAAUCGUACAAUACGGUAUCUUAAUAGUAAAUAAAUAAAAAUACAGUUUGUAAAAUAAAUACAAUAACUACUCGCAUCGCUGUACCUAGUGGGAUCGAGUUUAGCUGGCGUAAAAAAGUUAACUACUAAACGUUGAUGACCAACGUUUACAAUAAAAUCUGAGGUCACUUUGUUUUGAUGACGUGUAUUUGCUAUUAAAUUAAUUUAUAUUGAGUGGAUGUACUGAUCACAUUAUCUGUCUAUAAGUGGUUAAAAAUAAUGUUCCUGGUGAAAUUUAAUGUGGUUCAAUCUCGAACUCAGCAUAAAACAAGAUGUACUUAAAUAAGAAUUAAUUAACAAAUGAUGACAUCAUUUAAAAAACCUACCAAGUAACCAGAGGUUGUUGUUUUUAGAAAAGGCUGGUUUAAAAAUAAAAUAAUAAUCAAUUUCCAUUAAGCUGAUUCCCCCUAAUAUAUUUUUUAUAGUCUGAUAACUACCACAAACUGUAAAUGGUAGAAAGGUGGAGGAGUGUUGAGGAAACAUACGAGGACAUUAUAAUCGUAAUCUCAGCGGUUUGAACCAUCAGCCUUUUGGCAAGUUCAGUUGUGCGGAGAACAGAAAAACUAGUGCUACAGAUACGUUAGAAAGCUAGAACUUGCUGUGGUAUCUUCUGACACUGGAUGAGUACUGCGCUCUCACAACUUCUCGUGUUUAUUUGUGGUGUCAAUUUGGACUUUAAGAUAACGGAAGAGUUGGCACCCAUUUGCAGCAUGCAUGGAACAACUUACGUCUGUGAGCAAACAUUUUCAAAAAUAAAGUAUUUGAAGUCAACACAUUGAAAUGAGAGGGAUUGGUGAACAUUUGAAAGCAAUUCUUUUGAAUGGCUGCAACAGUUCCAAACCAAACGAUGAUAUCUUGAAAGCCAAACAUCAGUUUCACAAAUCUUACUAACCUUUUUUUUUAUUUGCUUAGUUUUUGAGAUUCAAAUAUAUGCGCACUAGGUCUGAUGUAACUAUUUUGCUAACAUAGCCUUCCUUGCUAACUUUUUUAGUAAAUAAAUAUGGUGGUUGUCUUGGCUUUUUUUACAUUGCACGCCACUCACUUAGUUUUUCGUCUUUUUUCCCAGAGCUUUCGAGUAUUUACCAGAAAGAUUAUCCGGCCCGCGCUCGUCAUUUUUUCCGUUAUCCGGACCGCCGUGAGAAAUUUUUGGUGACCCCUGGUCUAGAUUAUUCUACAGAAUUCAAAUGAUUCAGACCAUAGAUUUUAUUUAGUUGUAAACAAGGUCAAAGAGACUAUUUUUAUUUAGCCACAUCCUAAAAUGCGAUUCCGAGCUUGGGGUCAGCUAGAGUUCAUUCACUGGGAAAGAUGACGUAAAUACGUCUACAUAACAAUAUAUUAUGUAAAUUUAAUUUAUACUUAUUUAAAUGUUUUGUUGUUAUCCUGAUGAAGGCAUUUGCCAAAACGUUUACUUGUUUAUUAUAUAAAAUUAUUAUUAAAGCUAAACAAAUAUCGUAGUCCAACACUUUUAUAAUUAGUUAAUUUAAACUACAAAAGAUGCUACAGUAAUUUUUCAACAAUAUUAAAAUGUAGUUUUCUAAUGCCUUUAAUUUGAACAUAAGAAUUGACGUUUUAGCAUUAUCAUUUGUUUGAGCUUUAUUUGUAGGAACAUUCCUUCUAACAAAGAAUUAAAACCACUUAGACUUACACAUCUUUCAUCUAUGCCCACAAGUUAUGUGCUAAAAAAUGCAUUUUUACACAAAGCCUGUAAAGAAUAAUCUGUUACAUAUUAUGGAUUUUCUUACAUUAAAUAAUGCAUAUUACCCUUUUCCCCCACCCAAUUUUAUUUCAGCUCCAAAUCCAAAGCAUGCACACGGUCAGCAUCGGUAGAUAGAGGAGGAGAGAGGACAGUUGGUCUGCUGUCCUCAUGGAAUGGAGCAACUCUCAUGCCAAGUCAGCCCUUUGCCCAGGACUCAUCGAUGCCACUUCUCACACCGCCUAAUCCAACUACACAGCUAGAAGAGGCUAAAAGAAGACUUGAAACUCAGUCACGUGCAGUGGCAGCAUCAGCUUCUCCUGUCAAAUCCAAGUAAGUUAUGUCAAGUAUUCUGAAGUGUUUAUAAGGUGAAGAAUUAUAGUUUGAAAAUUAUGAUUGUUUUUUUUCCUUUUGUUCUGAGGAAAUAUUUUGUGAAUGAAGACAAGUUGAUACAAAUUGUGUAUUAUUUACUAGUUUUAAGUUGUUAGUAGGUAUAAUUUCCUUGAAACCUGUACUAAUAAAUUUAAAAAAGAAAUUGUGUAAUUGUUUCUUCAUUCUUUAUUAUAAAUAUGUUGAAUUUUAUCCUUUUUUUUUUUUUUUUUUCCUUCCCCAGAAGCUUUACAGGUGUUCGUCCUCAACCUAGUGGUACACCGGUUCCUACAGGCCCUCCCUCUAGGCCCUUACCUAAUGUGGGAUCAGUAAACUCACAGCUGGACACAUCAGUAACUAAUCAAACCCUUGAGUAAGCGCAGUUAAUAUGUUGAAUUUUUUCCUUUUUUUUUUUUUUUUUUUCCUUCCCCAGAAGCUUUACAGGUGUUCGUCCUCAACCUAGUGGUACACCGGUUCCUACAGGCACUCACUCUAGGACCUUACCUAAUGUGAGAUCAGUAAACUCACAGCUGGACACAUCAGUAACUAGUCAAACCCUUGAGUAAGCGCAGUUAAUUUGAGUUACUUAAAUCAUGCCAUUCCCUAUUUCAAAUCAUUAGAUCCUUAUCUUCGCUUUAUCAGAAGAGUUACAUAAAUUUUAUCACAUGUAAAUAUUUUUAGAUUAUUAACAACAAAUAUUUUUUUUCCUUCUUGUUAUAUAUGUUUUAACGUUAUAUAUGUUUUAACUAUCUAAAAUAAAUUCACCUAGUAACUAAUGAUUCUUGUUUUUUCUUAAUAUCAGCUCUAGAUUAGGUACGUCCUCAUCUUCAGCCGUUCCUCCUAGUGAAACUAUAAUUGGUAUCUACAUGGGCCAGGAACCGAUACCUUACAGGCAUCAGUUGCCUGGGCGUGCUAUUACAUUAGCUCAAAUCAAAACAUUGGUUACAAAACGAGGCUUUUUUAAGUAAGUUUCUACAUUUUGAUUGCAUUUUUAAAUACAAAAAAAAAAAAAAAAUUAUGCAGAAAGUAAUGAAUGACUAAACUAUUUUAUAAGGCUGUUUAAAAUGUAAAAAUAUUUGAAGUGCUCAACUAAUUACGUUCCUCCUAUUUAAACUAUAAUUGGAAUCUACAUGGGCCAGGAACCGAUACCUUACAGGCAUCAGUUGCCUGGGCGUGCUAUUACAUUAGCUCAAAUCAAAACAUUGGUUACAAAGCGAGGCUUUUUUAAGUAAGUUUCUACAUUUUGAUUGCAUUUUUAACUACAAAAAAAAAAAAAAAAUUAUGCAGAAAGUAAUGAAUGACUAAACUAUUUUAUAAGGCUGUUUAAAAUGUAAAAAUAUUUGAAGUGCUCAACUAAUUUAUUAAAAUUCUUUGCUUUCAGAUAUUAUUUCAAACGCCAAAGUGAUGAGUUUGCUGAUGGUGCAGGUGCUGUGUUUGAAGAAAUAUCUGAUGACAAUACUAUUGUUCCUAUGUGGCAGGGCAAAAUUGUUGUCAAAGUUGAAAGGUUAGACUUAUGACACAAAAGCAUCCCAUGAAGUGAUAGGAAAAAACAACAGAUAAAAAACGAGAUAAUCCCUUCAGGAAGAAAUCCAACACCUGCAGAAUGAAACUGUAGCAAAGACUACAUUUAAGGGGGAAAAAAUUGAGAUAAUACUUAUGUUAUUUUUUGCUUAUCUGGUUUCUUGUACAUAUUUAAAUUAUUUUCUUUUUACUCUUUGAGUGUCUGUGGAGUAAAAAAAAUAUGUACCCCUUUUAAUUAAACAAAAAAUAAUAGAAGACAAACUAUGCCAAAAUAAAGUGCCAAUGAAUGCAAAUUAACAGGAUUAAAUGUUAAACAUGAGGUCGAAAUAAAAUUUUCUUUCAUUUAAAAAAUUGUAAAUGUGCCAGAUUUCAAUUUCAUAUCAGAAGAUUGUAACAUUGUGUGGGACUUAACUGAUGGCAAAAAAGAAGAAAAAAAUGAACAACUCUAGCCUGAUUCAGGAGUUUUUAAAAAAAUUAUUAAAAAAAAAUUAGUAAUUUAGUCUGCAUUUUGAAAAGGUUGUGGCUAUUUUUAAGUAAAAAAAACAACAACAAAAAAAACAUUAAAACAACUUACUUGCUUACCAAGUAUGACCUUUAAAAUUUUGCAGUUUUUUUUAAUUUUAUUUUUCUAGGUUAUAAUUUAUUUAUCAUUGGAUAUGUUUAUUUUUUUUUUCCAUUGCUAAUGUUAGUAGUACAGAUUCAGAUGAGUUACAAAAUGCAUCUAUUAUUUAUUAGUUCAUCAAUGAAUUUUAUUCACAA